AUGCUAACCACAAGCACUAUUGAACUCGCGAACACGUACUUACGCAAAGGGCUUGGAGCAUCAGCGCCACCACCGCCGUCGAUGAGCACGUUGCCGUACGAUCGGCACGAUACGGGAUCGCCGGAAAAUGAGCGAAAGCAUAAGGUUAGUAAAGGGAGAAGUGUUAGAUCUUCAAUGAUCGAGGUUUUAUUAAAAAAAAGUGUUCCAAGCCCCGUCUAG